UAAACUCCAAAGGUCAUGCCUAGAACUAGAUUGGUUAAGACUUCCCUGUCCAAACCAAAGCGCUCUGUCAAAUUUAAAGUUUUCUGUCUCAAGCAAGACACAACAAACUUUCCUCUUCUUGCUUCAUCUUUGUUCUUUUUUGUCUUUGGAAAUCCUUCAACGAGAUCCAAGAUGAUGCACAUGACCUUAUAUUGGGGAAAAGACGUAACUCUCCUCAUCGACUCCUGGAAAACCGAUUCGUGGCUGAGUUACCUCCUCACUCUAGUUGCUUGCUUCCUCUUCUCUUCCUUUUACCAGUACAUGGAAGAUCGACGCCUCCGUUUCAAUUCCCUCGCUUCCUCUAACCCAUCCCAGCCCUCCUCAACCGACGCCGCCGUACCUCUCCUCUCCAAAUCCCGCCGCUGUGCUAAAUUUGCGACGGCCGUGCUUUUCGGAAUCAACUCGGCGAUCGGAUAUCUCCUGAUGUUGGCCAUCAUGUCGUUCAACGCAGGCGUGUUCUUGGCCAUCGUUGCGGGACUCGCUGUCGGGUACCUGUUCUUCAGGUGCGCCGAUGAGGACACCGUGAUUGUGGGGAACGCUUGCGCUUGUGCUUGACGCUAUCUUUUUCCACAAUUCUAGUUAUGUAUUUUCCUUUACUUUUGUAUACUGUACCAGAAUUUUCUGUACGAAUUAUCAAUAUUUUUUUCUUGAAUUAUAUGAUUUUCUUUGUAGUUCGUGAAUGAAUUAUUCUUCUGUGAAA